CACCAGAUGGAGACCCAGACUGUGCAGCGGGAGCUGGAAACUCUUCCAACCACCAAGAUGGCUCAGACCAACCCUAUGCCAGGGUCUUUGGGACCAUGGAAGAUAACGAUCUAUGACCAGGAGAACUUCCAGGGCAAGAGGAUGGAGUUCACCAGCUCCUGCCCAAAUGUCUCCGAGCGCAGUUUUGAUAAUGUCCGGUCCCUCAAGGUGGAAUGUGGCGCAAUCAUAAGGAGUCUAAGAUUACCAUCUUUGAGAAAGAGAACUUUAUUGGACGCCAAUGGGAAAUCUGUGAUGACUAUUCCUCCUUGCAAGCCAUGGGCUGGUUCAGUAAUGAAGUUGGUUCCAUGAAGAUACAAUGUGGGGCCUGGGUCUGCUACCAGUAUCCUGGAUAUCGUGGUUAUCAGUAUAUCUUGGAAUGUGACCAUCAUGGAGGAGACUAUAAACAUUGGAGAGAGUGGGGUUCUCACGCCCAGACUUCGCAGAUCCAAUCAAUUCGCCGUAUCCAACAGUAGUGGAUUAAAAGCUCCAAGAGAAUUCUUCAAACAUGAGACCUUGCUAAGCACUCUAGAGUUUUAUGUUCUGCUCAGACACUGCUUCCAAUGUUAGCUGCUGAAAUCCACAAUAAAUGUCAUUUAAAAAAACAAAAAUUUUGUAGACUGAAGUAACUACCAUGCUUUACACAAAUUUAAAUUUUUUUUUUUUUGAGACAGCCCUAUACAGUCCAGUCUGGCCUCAAACUCUUAAUCCUCUGGAGUGCCGGGCUCAAAAUUCUGCUUUGUGUCCUGGCAAGUCACUUACCAGACCAAGGACAAAUUAUUCUCCAUCUCAAAAAGCAAUAAAGCAUUUAAAACAAAUGUUAUCAGUUUCUAUAGUGCCUGUUUUUAUGCAGUUUCUCAUCAUCCACUACUGUUUGACUUUAGCAUUGGUAUUUCUCAAACUUGUGACAAAUACAUGCUGAACAAAUAGGAAGUUUCACAAAUGUGUGUUGUCAUGUAUUUCUACAAAAAAUUAUGAAUACAUGCAGACUCUUGAUUAAUAUUCUAGUUACUAAACUGCUUGGUUCAAUUUUGGUUUCUUAUUUUAAUUGGAAGAGCAUAAGGUUUCUUGUCCUCAGAAAAGCAAGACAGUUGCUCUCACAGCUUAAUU